AUGGCAAUUUGCAGAUUUAUAGAUUAUCCAAACCUGUUUAUUACUUUUACAUGUAAUCCUAAAUGGCCGGAGAUUCAACGCUUUUUGGAGAAAAGAAAUUUGAAAGCUGAAGAUCGUCCGGACAUUGUUUGCCGAGUUUUCAAGAUGAAGCUAGAAGGGAAACUGUUUGGUGCUGUAAGGGCAGUUAUAUACACAAUUGAGUUUCAGAAACGGGGUCUUCCACAUGCUCACAUAUUACUGUUCUUGCAAGGGACGAGCUACUUUGCUAAUCCUGCUUUUAUGGACACGAUCAUUUCGGCCGAGAUCCCAGACAAGUUGAUGGACAUCGAGUAUUACAAAGCUGUCGAAGAAUUCAUGUUGCACGGCCCGUGUGGUGUUGCCAGGAGUAAUUCACCGUGCAUGGUAAAUGGCAAGUGCUCGAAGCAUUUUCCAAGGAGAUAUAUUGAUGCAUCCCAUUUUGACCAGGAUGAUUUGGUCUUAACAGAGGAAGAGAAAAAGAACUUUGCAUUGUUCGAAUUGGAAAACCUAUUGGGGCAACAAAAUAAAUCUUUAAAAGGCUAUCCUCCGAUGCCAAUACCAAGUAUAGAUAAUUCAAGGUUGUUUCAGAAUAGGUUGGUUUUUGAAGAGUUAUGUUACAAUCGUGAGCAGUUGAAAGAAGAUGCUGAAGUGCUGUGUGCAAAACUAACUGAAGAACAGAGUCUCAUCUAUGAUACGGUUAUACAAGACAUUGAAGACGGUAAAGGUGGCUUAUUUUUUGUUUAUGGUUACGGUGGAACAGGAAAGACUUUCUUGUGGAGAGCGUUGUUAGCUGCAAUCCGAUGCAAAGGUCAGAUCGUUUUAAAUGUGGCAUCAAGUGGCAUAGCUUCUAUAUUGUUACCAGGUGGCCGUACUGCUCACUCAAGAUUUGCAAUACCUAUUGCAAUAAAUGAAGACUCAACCUGUAACAUUAAGCAAGGUAGCGACCUGACUGAAUUGUUGAUAAAGACGAGUUUGAUAAUAUGGGAUGAAGCUCCCAUGAUGCACAAACAUUGUUUUGAAGCAUUAGAUCGAACUAUGAGGGAUUUGUUGCGUUUUGUAGACCCGUGUAGUGAAAUGAAGACGUUUGGUGGUAAAACAGUUGUUUUGGGUAGAGAUUUCCGCCAAAUUCUCCCGGUAGUUCCAAAAGGUACAUGUUGCAAAGUUUUAAGGUUGACUCAAAACCUAAGACUAAGUUCGGUACCCAACGGUGGAAACCGGCAGGCAUUACAAGAAUUUGCCGAUUGGAUUGCUAAUGUCGGUGAUGGAAAGCUGGGUGGGCGGAAUGAUGGUUUCGCAGAGGUUGAAAUUCCAAAACACAUGUUACUGUCAUCCGGAGGGGACGAUAUUAAAACAAUUGUGCACAGUACAUUUCCUAUGUUUGCAAAUGGAAACACUGACCCCGAGCAUCUGCUAGGUCGUGCUAUAUUAGCACCAACGCUUGAUGUGGUCAACGCAGUCAAUGACUAUAUGACUGAGUUGCAUAAUGCCGAAAGCAGGUCGUACUAUAGUUCAGACGCAGUAUGCAAAGUCGAUGGCGACAACGGUAUAUUUGGAGAUGUACACACACCGGAAUUUCUAAACAGCAUUAGGGUUUCAGGUCUACCAAAUCAUACAUUGACUUUGAAAAUAGGUUCACCGGUAAUGUUAAUGAGAAACAUUGACCAUUCUCUUGGUUUGUGCAAUGGGGUUCGGUUGAUAAUCACAAAGCUAGCAGACCAUGUUAUUGAAGGUGAGAUUCUGACUAGACCUAACAAAGGUACAAAAGUGUUGAUCCCCCGAAUGUCAAUCUCACCCUCUGAUCCAAGAUUGCCGUUCAAGUUUCAACGAAGGCAAUUUCCAAUUAUGCUUUCAUAUGCAAUGACCAUUAACAAAAGUCAAGUACAAACGUUGACUCAUGUUGGUUUAAUACUAAAGAAACCGGUUUUUGUACACGGUCAGUUGUACGUGGCUGCAUCUCGGGUUAACAAUCCAGACGGUCUCAAAAUAUUGAUAGUCAAAGACCCAAGUUCAACUACUACAUCAACCACUAAUGUUGUAUAUCAUGAAGUUUUCAAUAAUUUGUAA